UGUGUGGGUAGUCAAAUGUUGUCAUCUCUGCCAGUCUCAUUUGGCAGCCCAAUCGUAUAACAACAUUUGUUUUUCCCAAAAAAAAAAUUUGAAUCAUAAGUACAUAACAAAAACUAAAGCCUGAGCAUGUUCAAGGAGCUUGUGGUGUUCGUGCAUACAACGGCUCGCAACUUUUGCCUGGUGCGUCCCACGGCAGUUGCACGUGGCACUGCAUGCCGUCCGAUGGUGAAGAACUGCAUCUGGGCAAAUGUGAUCUUCUUCAUAGCCAUCUUUACGCCGCUCUACGUGUGCCUGCUGAAGGAUGUAUUCGGACUGUUGCGCGACUUGAACUACAAGAUGGCCAGGGGCAAGUAGGUGGGACCCGUUGGGCCCGUAGGUACACCGCAUAGGUCAAUUUAUGUUCAGAGUUAAUUAAACACCCCCCCAUGCACACAAUCUCGCUUAAAUAUAUAAA